AUGAGAAACACGAGGAAUAUUCAUGUGAGGAACCAAGGCACGGAUCCAUCUUCGCCGAUGAUGACGUCUCCUCUGAUGAAUCGUCACGGACGGACAGGAUCCAACGCUGGACCAGGAUCUAACGCCAAGAAAGCUCAGACGAAAGCAGCAGCUCAGAGACUCGCGGCUGUGAUGUCGACCCAAACGGGAGAUGAUGAAGACAGUGAUGAUGACCUUUCUUUUGACUACAACGCUGUUGGAAGCAUUGGUCUCGCUGCUGGAAGAUCUAAUCCUUCUCGGUCUCCAAUGAUCAAGAAACCUGUAGCAAGGCGUCCGCAGAUGGGAACUCCACAGUUAGCUGAUGAUGACAAUGAUGAUGAUGAUUUCUCAGUGGAUGUAUCUAGUAACAGGCCUAGUAUUGGUCUUCCUGGUGGGAGAGCGAUAAGACCUAAGUCUCCUGUGGUGGUUAGCUUAUUGCAAGUUCAUUGUCUAACCAAAUGUGUAUUAUGUUCAUAUAUUUAUUUAAUUUCGGCGCAGACUAAAAUUGCACCACCGAGACGUACACAACCAGUAAAUGAAGAUAAGAAGAAGGAUGAUGAUGACGAUGAUGAUGAUGUUGUUUCAGUAGAUUAUACAAUUGGUAGACCAAGUAUUGGACUUGGAAGUGGGAGGGCAAUGCGGCCACAAGCUUCUAUGAACAAAGUCCAACCACAAGGACGUCCGAUGAUGGCAGUUAGUCAACUUAAUGAUGAGGAAAACGAAGAUGAUGAGACUCCAUAUACGUAUACAGGAGGCGUUCCAAGUGUUGGACUUGCUGGUGGAAGGUCUGCACGGUCACGUUCUCCUCUGAAAAAAGCCCCUCCACUGAGACAUCCACAAGCAUCAAGUGGAGACAGUGAUGCUGAUUAUGAUGAGCCUUAUACUAGUGUCAUGCCUAGCAUAGGACUUGCUGGUGGACGUUCAAUGAAGCCUCGCACUCCUUUGUCAAUUCGUACAAAGGAACAACCUCAGACCGGAGUUCCAACUUCGGGUAACCGAUCAUCAUUCAGUGAGGAUUCAACAUUACCUCAGACAACAACAAACCAAGUGGACCAAUCUCCAUCUUCACGUUCUGGCUUCUCUAACAAAUCAUCUCAGUCUCUCAAUACUAUUGAUCAACCUCCCUCAGCUCGUUCAUCUUUCAGUGGUCGUCCUAUAAGGACAGUACCUUUGAUGCCAUCUUCUGUUCCUAUAUCACUUAAACCAGUCACUCCUGGUUUUCAAUCUGACACACCAACCAAUCUUAGAAAAGACAAAAGUAGGUUUUCCAUGGAUUUGGGAAGCUCAGGAAACUUAAGAGAGUUAGGAAGUCAACGGUCUACUUCAGCUUUGCAAGAUGAGGUUGAUAUGUUACAGGAAGAAAAUGAAAGUUUGUUAGACAAGCUUCGACUUGCAGAAGAUAAAUGUGAAGAAGCAGAUGCAAGAGCUAAGCAACUUGAGAAGCAGGUUGAGAUCCUUGGUGAAGGUGUUACUAUGGACGCACGUCUUUUAAGCAGGAAGGAGGCAGCUCUGCAACAGAGAGAGGCUGCUUUGAAACUCGCAUCAAAAUCUCGUGGAGGAAAGGGAGAAGAUGUUUCAGCUCUUCAUACAGAAGCUGAGAUAGCUAGGGAGGAAGCAGCAUCUUCUUUAGAGCAGCUACAUGAAGUUGAAUCAGAGCUUAACUCUCUAAAAACCAUGACCAAGAGAUUGAUAUUAACUCAGGAAGAGAUGGAAGAGGUUGUUCUGAAGAGGUGCUGGCUUUCACGUUAUUGGGGCUUAUGCGUUAGACAUGGGAUACAAGCAGAUAUUGCACGAGCAAAGCAUGAGUACUGGUCAUCGUUUGCACCUCUUCCUCUAGAGAUUGUUCUUUCUGCAGGACAAAGAGCUAAGGACAUGGUUACACGAUCUAACAGCACACUUGGAGAAAGAGAAAAAACAUUUCAGAAUCUGCAUGAAACUUCUGGUGAAGGAAAUGUUGAAAGCAUGGUAUGGGUGGAGAAAGGAUUGAGAGAACUGGCUGCACUAAAGGUUCAAGAGGCAGUUGCAUAUGUCAUGGCUCAUAAUAGAAGGAACUCAUCAUCCAAGACUUUUGUUUCAGAUGAAGUGAAACUGCCAAUGGAUGGACAGUUUGAAGCCUUUGAGUUAAGUGAUGAUGAAGUUGAAGAUGUGAGUUUUAAACAGGCAUGGCUUUCAUAUUUUUGGAGAAGAGCUAAGAAUCAUGAUAUUGAAGCUGAUCUCGCGGAUGAGCGUUUGCAGUAUUGGAUAAACCAAGGGACACGAUCUGCCACCUCACAAGAUGCUGUUGAUGUGGAAAAAGGACUAAUGGAGCUGAGGAAACUGAACAUAGAGUCACAGCUUUGGCAAAAGUCAAGAAAAGGACUUGAUCAUGAAUCUAACCCUUCUUCUCAUCUUGAACUCUCUUUCUGA